CAAGUACAUGAAUGGGAGUGCGCAGUCUGGACAUCGAGUGUAAAACCGGAGCUUCUCUGUAAACGUCAAGAUUUUGGAUCUUUCUUGAGAAUGACCAUCGCAGAUUUCUCAAUCGAAUACGAUGCAAACAAUCCGCAGAACGUCUUCACAAACGGCGACACCCUCAGAGGAAGAAUCGUCGUGGAGGUGUUGAAAGAAACGCAAAUCAAAUCGCUGACUUUGGUCGCAAAGGGAAAAGGAGAAGCCCAUUCGACGGCUGAGGACAGCAGUUUUAGUGUUUAUGAGAAAUAUUACACCGUUAGACAGCAAAUCUUGGAGGAAGCAAGACAAGAUGCUGAAACUUUUCCGGGUACCAAAGUUAUCGCUCAAGGAAGACACAUAUUUCAUUUUUCCUUCAAGAUUCCUGACAGGGAAAUGCCAUCGUCAUUCAAAUGCACUUUAUGUAAAAUUGUUCACAAACUGAAGGCCGAGCUUAAACAACCGAUGAGGUUGCUGAAAAAAACGGAAACCUCCUUCAAAUUUGUCUCGAAACCAGCGGUGGACAUUCCGGGACUUAUGGUGCCUCGGCAUGCCUGCAAGAAGACAAGUGUGAAAUUCUUCGGCUCUGGGACAGUUACGAUGGACGUUUACACCGACAGACUGGGAUACAAGCAAGGGGAAACGCUCCGCGUGCGAGCUGAAGUUCAAAACCAUUCAAGUCGUUCAGUGACGCCAGUAUUAAAGUUCUACCUGAAGGAGAAUUCUUUUGGAAACGGUCUGCAAAGUAUAGUUGUGAAAAAGAUCCUUCAGAUGGAGGCCGCGGCCGUUGCGUCCGGUGGCACGGACGCGGUGAUGAAGGAGAUCCCCGUUCCCAGACGACUGCCGCCCUCCAUGUUGAACUGCUGCAUCUUCAGGCUGGAGUACGAGCUGAAGGUGCACGUUGACAUCAAAUACAACAUCGACGAGGGCGUCACGAUCCCAGUUGUGGUCCUUCCUGACUUUCGGCGACAGCCAAGUUCUGCGGCAUUUCAACCCGAAACAUCCGAGAUCGCCAACCGCCCGAGCUGGAGCGACGCACCUCGACAACAAGCGACACCCCAACAUUUGGACGCGCCCCCUUCCUAUGAAACAUUGUACCCCUCUUAAGUGUGAAUUUAAUGCAAGUGGACUGUUUAAAAAUAAUAAUAAGAUGGAUGGCAAUAACAGUUGCCAGAGGGCAGCAAAUAAAAAUGUUGACGUUGUUAGCGCAGAAAUAUCAACUCGGGAGAUCAAUUUUGUACAUUAUUUAAUACCUGUAAUUUUGGACAAAAGCAUGCCGAGAAAUAUACUUGUUAUUGUCCGAGAUUUAGAAAAAAUAAAAUGCAUAAUAA